AAAAUAGGAAAUAUCUGAGCCCUAAAGGCGACGGCGGAAAAGCAAAGGUUUCAGUUUCUGAUAUACGAAUGCCAUUGAUAUGGAAAGACUCGGAUCACUUCAAAAACAAAGGCGAUUACCGCCGAUUCGCUGUCUUCUGUCUGCUGAAGAUCGGGACCGAAAUAUAUGACACAAUUAUGGUCACAAAUGUGGACCGAAGUGUCACUGAUAUACAGUUUGACGACAUCUGUGUCUUCGCUAACAUUCCACCCGAUUUUGAAUUCAAAUUAGAGGUCUAUUCGCGUGUUCUUCACGACGACCUCAGCAUCGCUUCGACGCCCAGAAAGUUGUCCAAAAAGAUAUCCACUUCAGUGUCGCGGACUUUGGGCCGUAAACUCGCCGCUGCUGUCAAAGAGGACAUGGAUUCUGAAAAUGGUCCAAAGUUUCAUUUGGUGGCGACGGCAACUCUUGGCCUCAAACACGCGUCCGAUGCCAUCAAAACACACGAUCUGGUGGUCGAGAAUCUGGAGAACCGGAACUCGCAGUUACCACUGUUCGGGCACUUCUGCUGCCGUCUGGCCGUUCAGCCCGACUGUCAAACCAUUGAACGAAUAGCCGGUUAUCUGAAGGUAAAGGAGGCGACGGUUCGGACGCAGAAGAUUGAGUCCGUCUACUGGGCGUCGCUGAAGAACUUUCAGCUCAGGUUUUGGUCCAAAAAGUACGACCGAAACAGUUCUUCCAGUUAUGGCUCGUCGAAGAAGAGGUUCGACACCAUUGACGCCGAUCUCGUCGUUCCCAUCAAUAAGAAGACAAAAGUGAAUUGCGGUUCAAAUGCCCUCACAAUCAACACCGACGACAAGUGUUAUAUCCUCUCCAAUGACAACACAUUGUCUGAUAUCAAACUGUGGGCCAAACAGUUGGAGCAAACCAUACAAGACUUCAACACAUGGGAAUCGGUUGCCGAAUACCAUAUGCCUAUACCGUCGCCAUCGCCCACCAGAGCGCCCAUGUAUUUGAAACAGAGAAUACCCGGUUCUCUAUACGACGAGACACCCAUUCAAGCAGAACCUCAAACCCAAAACUAUGGCAAAUCCAAUGGCACUCUUCCCCGGCGUAUAUCAAACGGCGAUUCCCUGCGCUCGCGGUCGUCGUCGCUGUCCUCUUCGUGUACGAACAGCUCGACCACCACUAGUAAUGGCAAACACUCGCAACAGUCGUCGCCCACACAAUACAACGACCCGCAGAUGGACUGCAAACACAAUUUCCUAUUCUUUCGGCCGACGAAUGCCGGAAAGGCUUUAAUGAACUACUAAUUGAAUAAUUCAUUAUAAUCUUCAAAACGCAUCAAACAUUUAACGCGAGA